AGAAGAUAAAAAAGGCGAAGCUAACUUACAGUCCAUCGCUUUGACAACUUGAAUUUACAUUCCAGUGGAGAGAGAGAGAGAGAGAGAGGAAGAAAAAUGGCGAUUGCGGCAUCUCCAAACCCAGAGACAGAUAUGGAAACUAACCCUAAUAACCCUUCCGAUGGUCUGAAUCUUAAUGGUACCCCACUCGUCUGCCUUAUGAGGUUCGCAGGCGACUCGGCCGCCGGUGCUUUUAUGGGUUCAAUCUUCGGCUACGGUUCAGGAUUAAUCAAAAAGAAAGGUUUUAAAGGAUCUUUUGCAGAUGCAGGAUCUUCUGCUAAGACAUUUGCAGUUUUAUCUGGAGUUCAUAGUCUGGUUGUCUGUUUCUUGAAGAAACUGCGCGGAAAAGAUGAUGUCAUAAAUGCGGGUGUAGCUGGAUGUUGCACAGGCCUUGCUUUGAGUUUUCCAGGUGCACCACAGGCUCUUCUCCAGAGUUGCCUUACCUUUGGGGCCUUCUCUUUCAUUAUCGAAGGGUUGAAUAAGCAACAACCAGCACUAGCACAUCCACUCUCAAUGAGCAAGAGCAGCUUUACUCAUAAUGUUCUUCCUCCCUUAACAUUUCCGCUUCCCAAUGAUCUAAGAGAAGGCUUCGUUUCAUUUUGCCAAUCCUUAAAACAACCCAAGAAGGGUGGACAUCCAUCCACCAGCUAGAAGUCACUGGUAUACCUGGCUUUCUCAGGGGGCAAAAGUAUCUCUCGUGGGCAAGUGCCAUCUACACAUCCAUCAGUGGAUUGGGAAGCGAAGGCAUUUAUGCCAAUACACCAGAGGUAUGGGAUUGAUUUCAGAUCUGAUUUGGUAGCGCUGUGCCCAUUUCUGUUUUAAAGCGGGCACUUUUGUAUAUUGAGAGGGAAAUGUGGAACAUCAUUGUAAGCUGAAUAAUGGAAUAGGCUUCUUUCAUUUUGAUUUUGUACCUUUCACUGAAUCAAAAUGCCAAUUAAGGGCU